AUGAUAUCCUUCACACCUUGCGGAGAAAAUUUGAUUUCCCAAGCUAUCAGGUGGGUGAUGCAGAGCUAGAACAAUAUACUCUUUUGGAAAUCGAGAAGCUGCUUUUGCAAAGUGAUAAAUCACUUGCUGAUUACUCUGACAUGCCAACUCCAGAUAAAGAGUUACUAAAAGCUUUGAGAAAUAGCCUGCUACAGGAGGAAAAACGGUAUAAUGUUCCCAAAGAGCUAGCUGACCAUAACAGUCUCUUCGCCACCCUGAACAAAGAGCAGAGGGAAGUGUAUGAUGCAGUGAUAGAGUCUGUUAUCGAGAAGAAAGGGAAAUUAUUCUUUGUUUACGGCCCGGGAGGAACAGGUAAAACAUUUCUCUACAAAACUAUCAUUUCAAGAUUACGGUCUGAGAAAAAAAUAGUGCUACCCGUCGCGUCAUCUGGCAUAGCAGCAUUACUUCUACCGGGGGGGAGAACUGCUCACUCACGCUUCAAAAUUCCUCUCAAUGCACUAGACGACACUAUGUGUAACAUAAACAAAGGAACAUUUGUGGCAGAACUCAUCAUCCAAACUGAAUUAAUCAUCUGGGAUGAAGCCCCAAUGACACAUCGUCAUGCAUUUGAGGCCCUAGAUCGAACCCUGCGGGACCUGAUGUCAAGUGAGAGACCCUUCGGAGGGAAAACAGUUGUUCUAGGUGGUGAUUUCAGGCAGAUUUUACCAGUAAUACCACAAGGGAGUAGACAAGACAGCAUCAUGGCUGCAAUUAAUCGGUCCUAUCUUUGGAGUUCGUGUCAUGUAUAUGAGUUAAAGCAGAAUAUGCGGCUGAACCCAGACGAGAAACAAUUCGCAAAAUGGUUGCUGGAUGUGGGAGACGGGGUGGCGGAAGAAGUAAAGACAAGUGAAAAUGAAAUCCUCACAAGCCAAGAAAUAUUAAUGGACGAAAGGUUGUUACUCCGCAAUACGAAACAUCCGAUCGCUGCGAUCGUCGCUGAAUGCUAUGAGGAUCUCCAAACAUCAUACACCAAACAAGAAUACUUAACUGAAAGAGCAAUUCUCACUCCCAAAAAUGACGCUGUAGACGAGGUAAAUCAAUUUUUGCUAGACCAAAUUCCAGGUGAAGUGAAAGAGUACUAUAGCUCAGAUUCUGUUGCGAUUGGUGAUAGCAACAUGGAGGACGAGAAUGGGAUAUACCCCCCAGAGUAUCUGAAUUCACUUAAGUUCUCUGGUCUUCCGAAUCAUGUCUUAUCUUUAAAGGUUGGUGCACCA